UGUUGUUCGCUAUCAUUUCUUCUCAGGCUCUAAUUUACAUUCAAAGCCUAUUUUUUUUUCUUUUUUUCAAGUUUUAUCGUUCUUUUUUUAUUCUUUGCAUCUCAACUUUCAAUUCCCAAAUGGCGCCCCAAGCUGAAUUGCAACAAGAAGAAAUCGUUUAUCGUUCAAAGCUUCCUGAUAUCUACAUCCCGGGGCAUCUUCCUUUACAUUCGUAUUGUUUCGAGAACUUAUCGAACGUGGCCUCCAGGCCCUGUUUGAUCAAUGGAACUACUGGUAAAGUCUACACUUACGCUGAAGUUGAGCUCACCGCUCGGAAAGUUGCCUCGGGACUCGGCAAGCUCGGUAUCCAACAACGCCACGUGAUCAUGCUUUUGUUACCCAACACCCCAGAGUUUGUCUUGUCGUUUCUCGGCGCUUCGUUCCUUGGCGCCAUUGCCACAACCGCCAACCCCUUUUUCACCCCGGCGGAGGUAUCGAAGCAAGCCAAAGCCUCCGAUGCUAGGCUCAUAAUCACGCAAGCCAUCUACGUUGACAAAGUAAAAGAAUUCGCCCAAGACAACGAUGUCAAGGUCAUUUGCAUUGACUCCGCCCCAGAGGGCUGUUUACAUUUCUCCGAGUUGAUUCAAGCCGACGAGAACGAUCUCCCCCAAGUUGAUAUUUCCCAGGACGACAUCGUGGCACUACCAUAUUCAUCGGGAACCACGGGGCUGCCCAAAGGGGUGAUGUUAACACACAAAGGUUUAAUCACCAGCGUGGCGCAACAGGUCGACGGAGAAAACCCCAACUUAUAUUUCCACACCGAAGAUGUGAUCUUGUGUACUCUUCCUAUGUUCCAUGUUUACGCAUUGAAUUCGAUCAUGCUUUGCGGGCUACGUGCUGGGUCUGCUAUUUUGAUCAUGCAGAAGUUCGAGAUUGGACUGUUGUUGGAGUUGAUACAGAAAUACAAAGUGACGAUUGCUCCGAUUGUGCCACCUAUAGUUUUGGCCAUUGCUAAGUCAAAUGAAACUGAUAAAUACGACUUGUCUUCAGUAAGGGUUGUGAAAUCCGGGGCUGCACCGUUGGGUAAAGAGCUUGAGGAUGCUGUAAGAGCCAAGUUUCCUGGUGCCAAACUCGGGCAGGGGUAUGGUAUGACAGAGGCAGGGCCGGUUCUAGCAAUGUGCUUGGGAUUUGCCAAGGAACCAUUUGAAAUCAAAUCUGGGGCUUGCGGAACUGUGGUAAGGAACGCAGAGAUGAAAAUUGUUGAUCCCGACACUGGUUCUUCCUUACCUCGAAACCAGGCUGGAGAGAUUUGCAUUAGGGGAGAUCAGAUCAUGAAAGGGUACCUUAACGACCCUGAGGCCACGGCUAGGACCAUUGACAAAGAUGGCUGGUUACAUACCGGAGACAUUGGUUACAUCGAUGAUGAUGACGAACUCUUCAUCGUCGACCGAUUGAAGGAAUUGAUUAAAUACAAAGGCUUUCAGGUUGCUCCUGCGGAGCUUGAAGCCAUGCUCAUUGCCCACCCUGAUAUCACUGAUGCUGCUGUGGUCGGCAAGAAUGAUGUGGCGGCUGGCGAAGUUCCUGUGGCGUUUGUGGUGAAAUCAGACAAAUCAGAAAUCAGUGAGGAUGAAAUCAAACAGUACAUUUCGAAACAGGUGGUGUUUUACAAGAGAAUAAGUCGUGUGUUCUUCAUCGAAGCCAUUCCAAAGGCACCGUCGGGAAAAAUUUUGAGAAAGGAACUGAGAGCUAAACUGGCUAAUAAAAACUACUGAAACCUGGUUCCAGCCUUCCAUGGAAGUUUGUGAAAUAAAUAAAUAACCAAGUGCAAGGGUUAUAAUUGAUUAAUAUCCUGU